UAGGUCUACCCCAGCUGAUAAUGUGCCGUGGGCGCCGUGACGCCAAGGCGUGCGCUCUGCAGCGCGGGAAUAAGGUCUGUUGAGUUGGUGUCCGGCCUGGAUGCCUGGCUUCCAGGCCCUGCUGUUGUGGCGCUUCACAAUUCAUCCAGCUGAAGGAGGAGACCCGUUGAACUGGCUCUUCUCAGGGCCUCUCUCUGAGUUUUCUUUCAAAGAUUGCACUGUAUUUAUUCACAGAGUAAUUGUGUUUUGGAUUUUGCUACUUGACCUUAUUAAAGAUGAAUGAAAAAAAAUUGGAAACAACUCCACAGCAGCGGAAACUUCCAGAAUGGAUGUCUAUGCAGAAUGAGAGAUGUCAUGUAGAAGAAAGAAAGGCAUCUGUUCAGAGGAGUAUUUUUGAAGAUGUUCUCCCCUUCUUAGAGUUCACUGGAUCCAUUGUUUAUAGUUAUGAAGCUAGUGAUUGUUCUUUUCUGUCAGAAGAUAUUAGCAUGAGUCUGUCUUUUGGAGAUGUGGUAGGAUUUGACAUGGAAUGGCCACCAGUAUACACUCCAGGGAAGCAGGGCAGAGUUGCACUGAUUCAGUUAUGUGUGUCAGAGAGCAAAUGUUACUUGUUUCAUAUUUCUUCUAUGGCAGUUUUUCCUCAGGGAUUAAAAAUGUUGCUUGAAAAUGAAGCAAUUAAAAAAGCAGGUGUAGGAAUCCAAGGAGAUCAGUGGAAACUUCUAAAGGACUUUGACAUCAAAUUGAAGAGUUUUGUGGAGCUGACAGAUGUUGCUAAUGACAAGCUGAAAUGUAAAGAGACCUGGAGCCUCAAUGGUUUGGUUAAACACCUGUUUGGCAAACAGCUUCUGAAAGACAGGUCUAUCUGCUGUAGCAACUGGAGUAAUUUUCCUCUUACUGAAGAUCAGAAACUGUAUGCAGCCACUGAUGCGUAUGCUGGUCUCAUCAUUUAUCGAAAAUUAGAGAAUUUAAGUGAUGCUGUGCAAAUGUUUGCUAUAAAAAAAGAGGAAGAAAUGCUAUCUAGUGAUGUGAAGAAACAACUGAUUUCAGUAUCUGAGGAUAUGAUGGAUCUGGCUAAGCGUCUUCCUGACACUUUGAAAAAAUUGGAAGAUCCACAGAGGAUUUCUACACUAUUAAAUGAUAUUUCAGAAAAUCUGUAUUCAUGGAGGAAGACGAUAUUUGGUUCAACUGAGACUGAACUGAGGCCCAGUGCUAAUUUUCACUUACCACCAUUGGAAAAUCCAACUGCUGAUGGAGUACAACAGAAACAAAUUAGAGAACAUGAAAGUUUUACUAAAGUUACAGAUGAGACGUGGGACACAACACUUGAUAUAAUUAAACAUGAUGAGGAAAAUGUACUUGGAAAUGAAGUAAAACAAAGAGAAGAUGAGCUUGAAGAUGUAUUAGAAGAAGACCAUAAGUUGAGAGAGAACACAGAAAGAAUUUGUUUGCACUCAUUAGAUAUUACAGAAUAUGAACUACAGAUUUUGGAGCAGCAGGCUCAGGAAAAAGUUCUUAGUGAUGUUACUUGCAAAUCUCCUGAGGAUUUAUUUUCCAAGGAUAAUGAAGAGGAUGUAUCUUAUGUAAUUGAAAGUGAUGAAGAUUUAGAACUAGAGAUGAUUAAGUCUUUAGAAAAUCUAAAUAGUGGCACGGCAGAUUCAAUUCAUUCAAAAGGCAUAAAAAUGGACAGAAAUCUGGAUGUUCCUUUUGAAGAUGAUGAAGAUGAGUUUGAAACUAUUAAAGAAGAAGGAGAUGAUGAAGACCAUUCAUUACCAGGACCUAAUGAAAUGCAAAUUAAUUUCCUCAAGAAGUACUUUGGCCAUUCAAGUUUUAAACCGGUUCAGUGGAAGGUGAUUCAUUCUGUACUGGAAGAAAGAAGAGAUAAUGUUGUUGUGAUGGCAACUGGAUAUGGAAAGAGUUUGUGCUUCCAGUUCCCACCUGUGUAUGUAGGCAAGAUUGGCCUUGUCAUCUCUCCUCUUAUUUCUUUGAUGGAAGACCAAGUGCUCCAGCUUCAAAUGUCCAACAUUCCAGCUUGUUUUCUGGGAUCAGCACAGUCAAAAAAUGUUCUAGAGGAUAUUAAAUUAGGCAAAUAUCAAAUUGUGUAUGUAACUCCAGAAUUCUGUUCAGGUAACUUGAGCCUACUCCAGCAACUUGAGGCUAAUAUUGGUAUUACACUUAUUGCUGUGGAUGAGGCUCACUGUAUUUCUGAAUGGGGACAUGAUUUCAGGAAUUCAUUCAGGACUUUGGGCUCCCUAAAGAAAGCACUCCCCACGGUUCCAAUUGUCGCAGUCACUGCUACUGCAAGUUCUUCAAUCCGGGAAGACAUUAUACAUUGCUUAAAACUGAAGAAUCCUCAGAUUACCUGUACUGGUUUUGAUCGACCAAACUUGUAUUUGGAAGUUGGACGAAAAUCAGGAAACAUCCUUCAGGAUCUAAAGCAAUUUCUUGUCCAAAAGACAAGUUCCACCUGGGAAUUUGAAGGUUCAACUAUCAUCUAUUGUCCUUCCAGAAAAAUGACAGAAGAAGUUACAGCUGAACUUAGGAAGGUGAAGUUAGCCUGUGGAACAUACCAUGCAGGCAUGUGUGUUACUGCAAGGAGAGAGGUUCAUCACAGGUUCAUGAGAGAUGAAAUUCAGUGUGUCGUGGCUACCAUAGCUUUUGGCAUGGGCAUUAAUAAAGCUGACAUUCGCAAGGUCAUUCAUUAUGGCGCUCCUAAGGAAAUGGAAUCCUAUUACCAGGAGAUUGGGAGAGCCGGCCGUGAUGGACUUCAGAGUUCUUGUCAUGUACUCUGGGCUCCAGUAGACAUUCAGUCAAAUAGGAACCUCCUUAGUCAGAUACCCAGUGAAAAGUUUCGAUUAUAUAAACUAAAUAUGGUGGCAAAGAUGGAAAACUAUCUUCUUUCCAGAAGAUGUAGGCGACAAAUCAUCUUGUCUCAUUUUGAAGACAAACAACUACGAAAGGCCUCUGUGGGUAUUAUGGAAACUGAAAAAUGCUGUGAUAAUUGCAGGUCCAGAUUGGAUCGUUGCUUUUCCAUUGAUGACUCAGAUGAUACCCCACAGGACUUUGGUCCACAGGCAUUCCAGCUAUUAUCUGCUGUGAACAUCUUAGGAGAAAAGUUUGGAAUUGGGCUUCCGAUUUUAUUUCUCCGAGGAUCUAAUUCCCAGCGUCUUGCAGAUCAGUAUCGCAGACAUGAUUUAUUUGGCAAUGGCAAGGAUCACACAGAGAAUUGGUGGAAGGCUUUGUCCCGUCAGCUCAUGACUGAGGGAUUCUUGACGGAAAUUCCUGGGUCUUCCAAAUUUAUAAGGAUUUGCACUCUUACGAAAAAGGGUAGAGACUGGCUUGAUAAAGCCAAAACAGAAUUUCCUAAGAAACUUAUCCUUCAAGCUAAUGAAGAAUUGUGUCUAACAGAGUUUCCUCAACCAAGUUCUAAAACCAUAUCACUUGGCAUGCAACAGUGUUCCUAUACUCAAGAACCAACUGAAUUAACUGCAGAGAAGCAGUCUAACUUGGAGAAGAUGUAUUCUUACAAAGCAUCUGAUAAAAUUUCUUCUGGCAGUAACAUUCCCAAAAGAAGCAUCAUGGUACAUUCACCAGGAAAAUCUUACAAGUCCUCAGAACCUGUUAUUUCAGCUGAAGAGCAGAAGACUCAGACUAUGCUGUAUAGCAAACUGGUGGAAGCAAGGCAGGAACAUGCCAAUCAAAAGGGUGUUCCUCCCGCUAUUCUGGCAACAAAUAAGAUACUGCUGGAUAUGGCCAAAAUAAGACCUACUACAGUUGAAAAUGUGAAAAGGAUCGAUGGUGUUUCUGAAGGCAAAGCUCUUAUGUUGGCCCCUCUGUUGGAAGUUAUCAAACAUUUCUGUCAAAAAAAUAGCAUUCAGACAGACCUCUUUCCAAAUACAAAACUUCAGGAAAAACAAGGGAACAGUCUGGUGCCGAAAAAUGGAGCAUGCUCCCUUUCGCAGUCUGUGGCCAUCACGUAUUCUUUAUUCCAAGAAAAGAAGAUGUCUUUGAUGAGGAUAGCUGAGAAUAGGAUUCUGCCUCUCACAGCAGUUGGCAUGCACUUAUCCCAGGCGGUGAGAGCUGGCUGCCCACUUGAUACGGAGCGAGCAGGCCUGACUCCAGAGGUUCAGAAGAUUAUUGCUGAUGUUAUCCGAAACCCUCCCAUCAACUCAGAUAUAAAUAAAAUCAAACUUAUUAGAGCAUUGGUUCCUAAAAACAUUGACACAUACCUUAUCCAUAUGGCAAUUGAGAUCCUGGAAAAAGAUGGUGACAACAGACGGUUAGACCAGCUUUCCUGUGAUUCCACCAGAAAGAGAUGUUUCCCCAACUCUGAAGAGAGCUGUUCAAGUUCUAAGAGAAGCAAGGAAGAAAUUUCACUUGUAACCUCAAUGAGAAAAUUACCUGAGUGGUUUGCCAAAGAAAAUGAGACUUCAGCUGAGACCAGCAAGCAAUCAAUGGCCAAAACAAAAAAGAGAGGUCUUUUUAGUUAAAUUGGUGAUUGCCAGAGGAAUUAUGUGUGUCUUGCUGUAUUAUAAGAGGGGAUCUUGUUUCAUUUCUGAAAAUAGCAGGGGCCAACAUUUCAGUUUAAAAAUUAUUCUAAUCUCUAAAGUAAAACUCACCUAUUUGUUGAACAGCUGGCAUCUCCUUGUACAGUUACUUGAGUCUUCCGAGAGCCUGAGUGAGUACAUCAUAGAAUAGAGUAAUAGUUUCCUUUAAGAUUGCUUUAAGAAACUCUGUUACUGCUCAGUUUUCUAAUCUCUUUAUUUCAACAGUAUAUUUGGAAAUUUUAAGGAGUGGUGAUUUGAUAUAAAUAACAGAUUGGUAGUUGUGUGGUGAUUGUGUGUGUGAUAUAAAUUCUUCAUAUAUUACCAAAAUUCAUUCUUGUGAAUUAAGGAAGCAUAGUUAUUUUACAAUUGUCCUUGCUAUCUUUAGAAAAAACUCUUACAUACAUUGAUAAAUGGUAUUAGUAAACCAGACCAGUGAAAAUGAAGCAUUUUGGAUUCCAUGUAAGUAGGGAAAAAUAAUAUUACAAAGGAGACCAAUUGCAUUGGGCAUCUGUGCCCUUUGAUUUUAUAUACUACUUUUUUUAUUUUUCAAAUAAUAAAUUCCUUCAUAUUGAAUGUUACAAAGAUAUAUAUAUAUAUAUAUUUUUUUUUUUUUUUUAACUUUUAUUUGCUUAAUUACUUUGAGCACCUUUAGUUUUUGAGGAUGUUGGAUUCGAUUCUAAUACCUCUUUAUGUAGUAUGUGCAACUUUAGUAUCAAAACCCAUACUCUGGCACUGGGUUUUAUAAACCAUAGUUAAUAUAACUUUAACCAGUUCACCAUAUGGCCUUUAACUGACUUUUCUGUGACUAAAGAUAAUUGUUGUUAAUAAAGAAGAAAUAUUGCAGAAGAAGUAGAAAAUCCAGAGAAACGAAAAAAAUAAAAAUAAAAAUCGCCAGUGGUUUUACCAUUAGGUAAUCAGUUGACCCCUUUUGUGUAUCCUGCUAAACCUCUUUAUAUUCACUUUAUUUCUUUGUUAUAUGAAUAAUACAUGAAUGUAUUUACUUUGUAAACACUUAAGUGAAAACACAAAAGUCCUCUGUAAUCCCAUUUCUCACCAUGUCAGUACCAGCCCCUUUCCAGAAGGUAGACCCUAUUAAAUGUGACCUAUAGCUCUCUAAUCAUUCUUCAUUCAUUUACAUGCUUUACAUAUACAUCUACACCCCCAUUCUUGCUUUUCAACAUGAAUCAGAGUCCACUACGUGCAAUUUCCUGCAAUAAACUCUUUUCACUUAAUAUGUUAUGAA